AGAGUGAAAUUUAUCAUGGUCAAUUCAAGCCAGUUUCCAUAUUUCAUACUGACUGCCUACCUGGACAUGGGCUAUCUGAAGUACUUAUAUUUUGUGAUUGUUUUGAUGCUGUACAUUGUGAUUGUGUUUGCGAAUGCUUUGCUCAUUGUAACUAUUUGUAUGAAGAGGAGCCUACAUGAGCCUAUGUAUGUGUUUCUGUGUAGCCUGUUGGUUAAUGAACUGUAUGGUAGUGCUGGUCUAUUUCCAUUCCUCCUGCUGCAGAUCACCUCAGACACUCACACCAUAUCUAGAUCUAUAUGUUUCCUUCAGAUCUACUGCUUGUACACAUAUGCCACUGUGGAGUUUAGUAACCUGGCUGUGAUGUCCUAUGAUAGGUAUCUUGCUAUAUGCUGUCCUCUGCAUUAUAAGGCUCGGCUGACCUCUUGCAAGGUGGCUCUGUUGAUCGCUCUUGUAUGGCUGUACUCUCUUAUCAAGUUCCUAGUUUCUACUUUUCUGACUUUCCGUUUAAAACUCUGUGGGAACGUCAUAGACCGGAUGUACUGUCAAAUCUACUAUGUGACCAAACUCGCGUGUUCUGAUACCACAGUAAACAAUGUCUGGGGACUUUUUGCAUCAUUUGUGACCAUUGGGGUUCCAUUGAUCCCCAUCCUGUUCUCCUACACCAAGAUCCUCAGGGUUUGCGUCGUUGGUUCUAAAGAGACCAGACAGAAAGCAGUCAGUACCUGCAGCCCCCACAUCGCCUCCCUACUGAUCUUCACCUUUGGGUGUGGAUUUGAAAUAUUUCAGAGUAGAUAUAAUAUGACCGGUGUUCCCAGGAUAUUGCGUAUUGUUUUAUCGCUGUACUUUGUAACAAUCCAAGGACUCUUCAACCCUAUCAUUUAUGGACUGAGGUUAUCUAAAAUAAGACAGAUUUGUCGAAAUGUAUUUUUCUGUAAGAAGAUAUAG